GGAUUUCGCUUGCCAGGAAGUUUUAUCUGACAGGUUCGGAGUCUCAGCAAUGGCUUCGGGGUAACUUCUUGGAUCCUCCACGUUUCCGAAUCCUAGUGAAGACAGGUGGACCAGACUGGGGACAUGGACCUAUCAGCUGGGCUCUCUUUGCUGCCGCUGCUGCUGCUGUGGUCCAUGGCCCCGCAGGCGCGGCCGCAGCGGUCCCAUUCUCUGUACUAUUUCUUCAUGGGUGCCUCCGAGCCAGACCUUGGGCUACCCUUGUUUGAGGCUCUGGGCUAUGUGGACGACCAACUCUUCGUGUCCUACAAUCAUGAGAGUCGUCGUGCGGAGCCCAGGGCCCCGUGGGUCUUGGAUCAAACCUCAAGCCAGCUGUGGCUGCAGCUGAGUCAGAGCCUGAAAGGCUGGGAUUACAUGUUCAUUGUGGACUUCUGGACUAUCAUGGACAACUAUAACCACAGUAAAGUCACGAAGGUGGGAGUGGUGUCCGAGUCCCACAUCCUGCAGGUCAUCCUGGGCUGUGAGGUGCAUGAAGACAACACUACCAGCAGCUUCUGGAAGUAUGGGUACGAUGGUCAAGAUCACCUUGAAUUCUGCCCCAAGACGCUGGAAUGGAGAGCAGCAGAACCAGGGGCCUGGGCCACCAAGGUGGAGUGGGAAGAGCACAAUCUCGGGGCCAGGAAGAACAAGGACUUCCUGGAAAAGGACUGUCCUGAGCAACUGAAGCGGUUCCUGGAGUUGGGGAGAGGGCUUCUGGGGCAGCGAGUGCCUCCUUUGGUGAAGGUGACUCAUCACUGGACCUCUGCCGGGGCCUUUCUAAGGUGCCGGGCUCUGAACUUCUCCCCCCAGAAUAUCACGAUGAGGUGGCUGAAGGACGACCAGCCGCUGGAUGCCAAGGCCCUCACCCCUGAGGAUGUGCUUCCUAAUGGGGACGGCACCUAUCAAAGCCAGGUGACCUUGGCUGUGGCCCCUGGUGACGAGACAAGGUUCACCUGUCAAGUGGACCAUCCAGGCUUCGACCAGCCCCUCACUGUCACCUGGGAGCCCUUGCCAUCUCGGGCCCUGAUUAUUGGAGUCGUCAGUGGGAUCGCCAUUGGUGUCCUCUUCCUUGUUGGGGCUUUGUUCCUGAUCUUAAGGAAAAGGAAGGCUUCCGAAACCAUGGGCGACUAUGUCUUAGCGGAGUGUGAAUGAUCUUCAGCCUGCAGUCCCAUGAAGGGAGGGAACUCAGCCGAAGACCAAGAGGAAGCACACUUGCUCCAUUCUAGAACACAGUUGGACCUGAUACACAGAAACUGCCUGAGGAGCUCUGCUCUUAGCUUUCCCUGUUCACUUUCUGAAGAUGAUUCCCCCAGUCAAGUCUUUGAGCUCCUGAACAACGCUCCAGAUGCAACCUCUCUCUCCAGUAGCGGUCUCGUGAAUCUCCAGCAGCUUCUAGAGGCAUCCUUCAUUUUCUCCAUUCAUCUGGAUUCCAUAUGUGUACUUCUUAAAAGGGCUCUCUAAAUCUGAGGGUACACAGUUCAUUUUCACAUCUGAAGAAGCUAUGAAUUUUCAUCCUGGGAUGCACCCUCAUACGUGUGCCAGAAUUUUGCACAUGUAUCCUAGAAUCCAGAUCAACUGUCCUUUGAGCCUCUCCACCUGUUACCUAGUGAUUCCUCUGUCACCAAGCUCUGACUUCUCUGACGUUGGAGUCUUCUAUGGGUCAUCAAUACAACUGUGAAUGCUACACACUGUACAACCCAAGGAGGCACCCUCUGAGAAAAUAUAGAUGUCUGUGUGCACAAUUGAUUGCUGUGUGUUUGUGUUUACAAAGGUGUUGAACAGGUUUUCAGAGCUUCAGUUCAGAUGCAUAUGUGAUGCGAUGCCGGUGAAGUCCCCUCUCUCCGUGUCCUGAUAAGAGACAUCAUGGGUGAUUAUAGUAAUAAAGUGUGACUUGCACUUGUGAAAAAGAGCUCGAAAUUAUCCUCCGAUCACCUGCUAAACAUAAACCACACUUGGAAGUCCUAAUGUUUUCAUGCAGUAGAAAUUAUUAUCUGUGCCAGCAUCCCUUUUCUUUAGUUUUUCACUUUAGAAAGUGGAGAAUACAGUGGCUCGCAGCUCUCCAGAGAGACGGGCAGGCAGCUGUCAGAGUGCCUUCCUGGCUCUUUGAUGCUCCCCGUGUACUGGAAUGGUUGCAUGAAGUGCGUGGAAAAUGAAAACGACUCUUUUCUUCUCUCCUGCGGUUUCUUCUCCUUGAGGUUGACCCACAUGAUGAGAAAUAGCUUCCAGCAUUCUCCAACCCUCAGCUACCAUUUCAGUCUCCUGUGUCCUCGGGUCUCCGGCCGUAGUUCAGUUAAAACCUUAGCUAAUCUGUCUGGUGUCCUUGAAGCUGAUGCCUCUGGAAUCAGAACCUUCAAGUGACUGCCCUGGCAGCCAACAAUAUGUCAAUCUAUCUCAUCUUAAGGAAGUAAAAUGGAAGCUGACAUGUGUCCUGGAGAAUGCCAGGAGUUGCUGGGGUCCUGAUGCUCAUUCCUACUUAUGCACAUUAAAAACAACAACAACAAUAACAACAACAACAAAUGUGAUCCAACUAGACAACUUAGAAAUUGCUAGAUUGCAGAACAAAGGGUCAUCUGUUCAUUUUUCAAAGUCAAGCCUUGUGUUUGUAUAAGUACGCCUAUCUGUCUUCACGUGUGUGCUCAUAUAUGUGAACAUGUCUGCAUCCAGAAGGCAUGUGUUCAGUGUCCCCCAAUUCACACAUUUGCCUUGCAUGACUAUGCUAUAAAUUCCAUCUUAAAGACUAAGUGCCCCAGAACAAUGGCUACAGUUUUUUUUUUUAAAU